CGGCAGCCUCCUGGGCCGAGGCUCCUCGCGGGCCACGCCCCCCGGCCCCUCCGGGGGCCCACGCGCAACGGAGGGGUGGAGUCUCCCUCGUGACCUUUCACCCCAGCAUGGCUGCGCCCUUGGGACCGGUGAAGUUCUGGCGACCCGGUACAGAGGGACCAGGUGUCAGCAUCUCUGAAGAGAGACAGAGUCUGGCUGAAGACUCUGCACCACCCGUUGUCUACAAUCCCUACGCUGCCCUUUCUAUAGAGCAGCAGAGGCAGAAGCUGCCGGUGUUCAAGCUUAGGAAUCAUAUAUUAUACUUGGUAGAAAACUAUCAGACAGUGGUGAUUGUUGGAGAGACGGGAUGUGGGAAAAGCACGCAGAUCCCACAAUACCUUGCAGAAGCGGGCUGGACUGCCGAAGGAAGAGUGGUGGGAGUGACCCAGCCUCGAAGAGUGGCUGCUGUUACAGUUGCAGGGAGAGUAGCCGAGGAAAGGGGUGCAGUGCUGGGCCACGAGGUGGGCUACUGCAUCCGCUUUGACGACUGCACUGACCCACUGGCCACGAGAAUCAAGUUCCUGACUGAUGGAAUGUUGGUCAGGGAAAUGAUGGUUGAUCCAUUGUUAACAAAAUAUAGUGCCAUCAUGCUGGAUGAAGCCCACGAGAGGACCUUGUACACAGACAUUGCCAUUGGCUUGCUGAAAAAGAUUCAGAGAAAGCGAGGGGAUCUUCGAUUGAUUGUAGCUUCAGCCACUCUGGAUGCAGAGAAAUUUCGGGAUUUCUUUAAUCAGAAUGAAACCAAUGACCCAACGAGGGAUACUUGUGUGAUCCUUACAGUAGAAGGGCGAACAUUUCCAGUGGAUAUCUUUUAUCUACAAAGUCCUGUUCCAGAUUAUAUCAAAUCAACUGUAGAAACUGUGAUGAAAAUUCACCAGACAGAGGGAGAUGGAGACAUACUAGCAUUUCUGACUGGACAGGAAGAGGUGGAGACUGUCGUGUCUAUGCUGAUUGAGCAGGCUCGGGCGCUGGGUCGAACUGGGAUGAAGAGACACCUCCGGGUUCUCCCCAUGUACGCAGGACUACCUUCCUUUGAGCAAAUGAAAGUGUUUGAAAGGGUGUCCCGCAGCGUCAGAAAGGUGAUAGUGGCCACCAAUGUGGCCGAAACCUCCAUUACAAUCAGUGGGAUUGUGUAUGUGAUUGACUGUGGCUUUGUGAAACUCCGAGCCUACAAUCCCAGGACGGCCAUUGAGUGCUUGGUGGUGGUCCCGGUGUCCCAGGCAUCAGCCAAUCAGCGCGCAGGACGUGGUGGCCGCAGCCGCUCUGGAAAAUGUUACCGCCUUUAUACAGAGGAAGCCUUUGACAAGCUGCCUCAGUGCACCGUCCCUGAGAUGCAGCGUAGCAAUCUGGCGCCUGUCAUCCUACAGCUGAAAGCGCUAGGGAUCGACAACGUCCUCAGGUUCCACUUCAUGUCGCCCCCCCCAGCCCAGUCGAUGGUUCAAGCGUUGGAGUUACUCUAUGCUCUGGGAGGUCUGGACAAAGACUGUCGCCUAACUGAACCGCUUGGCAUGAGAAUCGCAGAGUUUCCUUUGAAUCCCAUGUUUGCAAAAAUGCUGCUUGAAUCAGGAAAUUUUGGCUGUUCUCAGGAAAUUCUAAGCAUUGCAGCUAUGAUGCAAAUCCAGAAUAUCUUUGUGGUCCCCUCAAACCAGAAGUCUCAGGCAAUUCGAGUGCACCGAAAGUUUGCUGUGGAGGAGGGUGAUCAUCUCACUAUGCUCAAUGUGUACGAAGCAUUUAUCAAACACAAUAAAAACUCUCAGUGGUGUCAGGAACAUUUCCUGAAUUACAAGGGUCUUGUCAGAGCGGCGACAGUGCGAGAGCAGUUGAAGAAGCUUCUUGUCAAGUUUCAAGUGCCCAAGAAAUCUAGCGAAGGUGAUCCGGAUCCAGUCCUGAGGUGCAUUGUUUCAGGAUUCUUCGCAAAUGCAGCAAGGUUUCAUUCUACUGGAGCUUAUAGGACUAUCCGUGACGAUCAUGAAUUACAUAUCCACCCUGCCUCGGUCCUCUAUGCAGAGAAGCCGCCUCGCUGGGUUAUCUACAACGAAGUUAUACAGACCUCCAAAUAUUACAUGAGAGACGUGACGGCCAUCGAAUCCGCGUGGCUGUUGGAGCUGGCUCCACACUUCUAUCAACAAGGAACGCACCUGUCCCUCAAAGCCAAAAGGGCCAAGGUCCAGGACCAGUGAGCGGAGCUCAGCUGCCGCCGCAGGGGACUUGGAGCCCUCUCCUCCACACUGGGGUCCCCCGGCCCUGGGCGGCGAGCUGGCCUCGGCUCACGUGGAGUCUUCCACUGCUCUGAAGUGGGCCGCAGCCCGUUUGUUAGCCCCUUCCUUCCCGCUCCCCUCGGCAUCUGCGUUCCUUGCUGGGAUCCCGGGGGCGUUCGUGCAUGAGCGGGCACCCCGCUGCGCUGCACCCAGGCACAGUGGGAGUGGGCAGGGCCGUGCUCUCUGCUCAUGCAGUGCCCCCACCGACCCAGCAUGCCACUUCUGACCGGCGCCCGGUUCUGGCCCAGCUUCGUCCUGGGGCACGGGGAAGAAAGCUGGCCACGGCGGGCUGGAGCGCUGGGCAGGGUGCACGGGGAGGUGUGCGGAGCUGCCUUGGCUUUCCCUGGCCGGGCCCCGGCUGUGCUGCUGGGUGUGAUCGAGCGUGUGUCUGCGGACGGGUGAGACGGCCCCGCAGUGUCCGCCGCAUCUCUGAGGGGCGUGGCUGGCCGGCGCAGGGGCUCCCAGACCAAGCAGCUUCGGUUUUCCCUCUGCGCCGUGACCCUGCCUGUCUGUGGCAGGAGACUCUCGAGGGUUGGUGACGACAGACACUGUUCUUUGUUGGCUCUCACAAGUGGGCUUAGCUUUCUCUGCGUGUCUGACCCCACGGCCCGCCCCCGCCACAGGCAGAGCACUAGUGAGCUCAGGUGUUCACACCCUGGCGGGAGCCCUCUACCGCAGGAAUUCACAACAGUUUAGAGGCGCUAAGCUUCUGUAGCUCAGGAACAUAACUUGUAUAUUUGUUUUUUGUUUCUUUGCUCGGGAUCGGCAAGAACCCGGGGCGGCCCUCCCAGCAGGCCCUGGUUCUGUCGUCGCCCCAGGGCUUCUUCGUUGGGAUGGCGAUUGCCUUUCAACACGUGACCAAUGCAGGUUUCUCCCCUUACUGUUUCAGUGACCUUUAUUUCAAAAACACGUGGCUUGAAACUUUACUUUUGUACUGAUCUUAGUUUGGAUGUGCCACUUUUGGCACCAAACACGUAUGUCAUUUUUAUUUCCAUUUUGUAAACCUGUAAAUAAUAGUGGUAACUUGUUAAUAAUCGUAAACCUUUGUACCUCAAGUAAAUGUGUUCCCUCCCGCC